CUCCGUCUCGACGAGACUGUCUCCUUCUUCUUAACAGCACUGUUGAUCGCAUUCAAGUCGUGCUGGUUCACGCUUCCAAACAAUCGUUCAUUAUCGCAAAGGUCGCUGGCCGUUCUUUGAGACCGCAAGACUACUGGGUUUUGCUCAUCUAGACGAUUUCACUGUUUAAUCGCCCUAUCGCUUUAUUUGCAGUCUUCCUGGCCCAGAUUCGACCACUUCAGUCGCCACUAAACUAGCCACCUUCCUUGUUCUUGAACCGCCCUGUCAGCGUAGUUAGAGCAAAAAUGCUGACACAUUUAUUCUACGUCGUCGUUGUUUCGGUGUUGUCUCUGGUCUCACAAGCCCAAGAUGACGGCUGGCAUCUGGAUUACACUUACACUUUGGUCAAUGAAGAGCUUGACCCCAUUAUCAGCCCUAACCAGCAAUCUUCGCAUAUGCACAAGAUCAUUGGUGGUUCAAGGAUGGCCGCAUACUACAAUUUUGACGAUUAUUCAGCCGCAAAAUGUUCUUCUCUACGUAUUCAGGCGGAUAAGUCCAACUACUGGAUGCCUCAGCUCUAUUUUGUCGACAAUAGCACCAACAAAUUCGUCCCUAUCCCUGCCAAAAUUCGAUUCUACUACUUCCUUGGUCGUAGUUCGACUGCUGAACCCGUCAUCUCUUUCCCGAAGGGUCUCCGAAUGCUUGCGGGAGACCCCUUCAACAAGGCUCCCACGGAUGUCGCCUCCUUUACUUGUCACAUAAAUGAGGGUUUCAUUGAUUCCCUCGCCGCUGAUAAUUUCAACUUCGACAGAGAUUGUCCUUAUGGCAUGAAGACGGAGCUCUUCUUUCCCCCUUGCUGGGAUGGCUACAAUCUAUACAAGUCCGAUGGCUCCCAUAUGGCGUAUCCUAGCCAAAAUGCUCGAGAUGGAAGGUGCCCUUGGACUCAUCCUAUUCGACUUCCAGCCAUCCAGCUCGAGUACACUUGGCGAACCAGCUAUUACAAUCCGGGUACCGUGCUCAACGGACACUUGGCUUGGGCAAAUGGUGAUACGACAAGUUACGGUAUUCAUGGUGACUUUGUGAAUGGUUGGGAUCUGGAUGUGCUGAACGCGGCAUUGAAAGACCCCAGUUGCGUAGGUAUCAACAUGUCUAUCCCCAUGGAUGAUUGUCCAACAUUGUUUGCCCAAUUCGACGAUGCUGCUGCUUCUACCUGUGUUCCCGAGAGAGGAGUCCUUACCGAAACUUUUGGUAACACUGAUCUCGUUCCCAUCGACCGUCUCCCUGGUUGCAACCCUCUGUGGUCUGAUGGUGACAAGCCAACUUGUGACCCUCCUAUUGCCGGGCUCGAUGUUUCGGCUUUCACAGGUACUGAUGGCCUGUAUAUCGCGGAUGUUGAGGAUCAAAAGAAUUUCAUCUGGCCUACUGAGCCUGGAUGGACCAAUAUUGCCUGUCUUCAUGAUGUGUCCUCCCUUUCUGGAGGCACUUCAUAUGCCGAUCAGUCGAUAACAGUCGAGAGCUGCACUUCUUCCUGUUUGAAGUCGGGUUACAAUUUUGCGGGAACUGGACAAGUUGGGACGUACUGGACAUGUGUUUGCGGCACUAGCAUCAGUUCCAAUGCUUAUGUUGAGCCUGGAAUGUGCACUUCCGCCUGUCCUGGCAAUUCGAGUGAAGCCUGUGGGGGGUCUUACAGGUUUAACAUCUGGUAUGCCCCGAACGGGACAAUAAGUAACUGGGGGACAUCUCGAGAUGACGGCUCAGAAUAUUUAGGCUGUUAUGACGACCCGACUACUGCUUCUGAUGGUCUCUUGGGACAAGCAACUUACAGCUUUCAAUCCGCUUCCAUGACAACGGAAGUCUGCAUCGAAGCUUGUGCUCAGGCCGGCAAUAGGUGGGCAGCUACCCUGUUGGGGAGGAACUGUUACUGUGGUGAUGAGUUCUACUACGGCAAGGGAACAUUCAUGCCCGACUCUUACUGUACUGUAUCCUGUACUGGAAACUCUUCUGAGAUAUGCGGUGACUUUUACAAGUCUUCAGUGUACAAUAUCACAGGUGUCCAAGCUGCCAAGGCCUCCGACAGCCACCUAACUGGUUACCAGGGCUGUUACGAAGAUAAAAGUGGUCAUCUGGCCUUGACAAACAAUUCUUGGACGUCUACGUCCUUGACCCCUCUAACAUGUAUCAAUGGCUGUUCUGAGCUUGGUUACUCCUAUGCUGCUGUGGAAGGGGGUAACACAUGCUAUUGCGGCUCUAAAGUUUCCUCUACAGUCACAGUACUCCCUGCUAGCCAGUGUCAGACAGCAUGCACCGGCAAUUCAUCCGAUAGUUGCGGUGGCAUCCAAGCUUUGGAUUUAUAUACCAUGGCCGCUGCCACGGACACCCCUGCCACUAUUAGGGCGUCUCAUCCUGCUGGAUACCUCGGAUGCUACAAGGAUGCUGGAAGCAACAUGGCCUUCAGCAAUUACUACACAUACCACAUCGCUUCAAUGACUGUUGAGACUUGUAAAGCAGCUUGUGUGGAACUCGGAUAUCUUUAUGCUGGCGUGACUAACGGUUAUUACUGUCAAUGUGGUGACAAUUACCCUGAAACUACCCAAAUGGUCGGUGACCUUUACUGUACUACGCCUUGUUAUGGAAACGCUUCAGAAACAUGUGGCGCUGGUGGCUAUCUAGAAGGGUACGACCUGAGCGACAUGACAGCUGCUCCUGAGAUGUCUGGAACAUCAAUGAACUCCUACAUUGGAUGUUAUGAUAAUUCCAAUCGAGGCCUCACCAAUUAUUCGUAUGUGGACGGUGCGAUGACUGUUGAGGCCUGUCGAACCACUUGCUCUGAGUUUGGAUAUAGUCUUGCUGGUGUCUAUUAUGGCAGCUACUGUGGCUGUGGUGACGCUUGGACCGGAGCCACUCAAAAAUACCCUUCCAGUGCUUGCCAGUACUACGCUUGCAAGGGCAAUUCAUCCGAAUGGUGUGGUGGUACCACUCAGCUGGCUAUGUAUAAUGCGUCCGACGUCGUUGUGACCUACGACAAGCCUUCAGGUUGGCUCUCAUGCUGGAGCGAUUCCGCAGCUUCUCGAUCUCUUACCGGAUACUUUUACUCUGCCAACCCCAUGUCUGCUCAUGCGUGUCGAACUGCUUGCAAUCAACAAGGUUACACAUAUGCGGCUACGGAGGCGGGGAAUCAAUGCCUUUGUGGUAACACUCUGGGAGGCGAGAAGGCUCCUACUUCUUACUGCAAGACUGUCUGCUCUGGGAAUGCCAAUGAGACGUGCGGUGGUUCCAAUUACAUGGAUCUGUACAACGCGACGGGCGCAACGGCCUCCAAUGGUAUCGCAGGCUACCUCGGUUGUUUCACUGACAACUAUAGUCUCAAUACAGCUUCUUACGUCAGUGAUUACAUGGACGUUGACAUUUGCAGCCGAUGGUGCUAUGCCAGAGGCGCCGCUUAUGCUGGCGUUAGAGUUAGCAGUGGCUCUAACAUGCAAUGUAAAUGUGGUACGUCUUCACCUAGCCUUGUGACCACUCUUUCUGCAUGUGCCACCCCUUGUACAGCGGAUUCCAGUCAGCCUUGUGGCUCAACUACGGCGAUUGGUGUUUAUCAACUAUCCCAGACAUCCAUUACUUCUGGUGAAUUCCCGAUCUCCAGCAACUCGUCAGGGUAUGUGGGCUGCUACCGAGAUGGCAGCACACGUAUGCUUCCCUCUUACUCAUUCUCGUUGAGCACCAUGUCCAAUCCUCUAUGUAUCUCCAACUGCAAGGCCUUAGGCUAUGACUUGGCUGGAACAGAGUAUGCGGAGCAAUGUUGGUGCGCUAACGCUUUGAAUGCAACCUCCGGAGGCUAUAAAGUGCAGGAAAGUGACUGCUCGACCACUUGUUCUGGUGGUGCGGGCAUUUGCGGCGCUAGCGGAACACUGUCUGUAUGGUCUACUGUCAACGCUUCAUCCGACUCCGUGGCUGUCGAAGGCUACAAAGGUUGUUACUCUGUGGGCGACUUUGUUUCCUCAACCCCGCUGACCUACUGGGGCGAUUAUAUGACGACCGACCUUUGUCGACGUACAUGUCGAUCUGCCGGUUAUGCAAUUGCUGGUCUCACCAACGCCAACAUCUGCGUAUGUGGUGACAGUGCCAACUAUGGAGCGCAGGCUGCCCCCGCAACAUGUGAUGCCCCUUGUAAGGGCAACACCACUCAGACAUGCGGUGCCAAAUAUUCCAAGGCCCUUACUAUUUUUGACACGACCGGUGCUGGCGCCCAAGUCCCGUCGGGCUUUGCUGCUAAUUACGUUGGCUGCGUCUCAGAUGGAUCCCCCCUCAAGCUGUCGGCAUAUUCUUUUAAAAACGGUGGUAUGACGAAUGAUAUGGCAUUCAAAAUCUGUUCUGCAGCCAGUUAUCCCGCGUACGGUACCGAGAAUGGUAAUGAAGGACAUUGUGGGACGAGCAAGCUUUCAGUCGCCCUUCUUCCGGACAGCUACUGCUCAACAGCUUGUGCAGGUUUAGCGACCACCUGGUGCGGCGGAGGCGGUAGAUUGUCCUACUUCUACCUCGACGCCACGACGAACGAUACAUGGAGUACCACCCUUGCCUCAUCGACUUCGGCAGUCGCCAACUCCACCUCAUCGGCCUUUAUUAACGCUACUGCCAUUUUAUCUACACGUACGACUUCCAAUACAGCGACAGCUACCGCCAUUGUUACCUCUCCAAUGCCACACACGAAUGUCACCCCUAGCAGUACUAGUAGAAACUCAAGUAUUUCGGCAACUGCCAGUGUAUCACCAUUCAGCGCAUCUGGCAGCACAUCCGUGACGAGCUUGCUGUCCGGAACUGUGUCAUCUUCCAGUGCUUCCACCGACAUCAGUCCUGCUGUUCCUUUAACGUCUACUGCUUCUAUCAGCAAUAUCGCUUCCUUCAUAGCCAGUCAAGCUGACGCCUACAGUACAAGCACAGAGACUAUAUUGUCAGCUUCCUCCACUGAGGCCGGUCCCAGUGGAGAGAUAUUAGUCCCGUCAAGCACCAGUUCAUCCCUUUCCAGUUCAUUUACUGCUAGCGCCCCUGCGACAUCGCUUCCCAUUUCAUCUGAGGCAUACCCCUCUUCCCUUUAUUCGAUGAACUCUUCUACCGCUUCUGCCUCAAUAUCAAUCGUCACUUCCGUUAUCACCAUGUAUAUCAGCACAAGUGCAUCAUCCGACACUCUAGGCAGUUCAACCUCCACUUCUGCUGCUGCUGUUCAGACGUCCAGCGUCAGUUUGGGAUGUUAUUCUGGCUCUUCAUCAUCAUUUUCUAAUGCCAAAAUGACCAGUCACGACGAUCUUACUGCUAGCAUGUGCCAGAUCUGGUGUAACGCCAAUUACUAUAUUUAUGCUGGUCUCACAAACGGCACCACAUGUGGAUGCUCCAAUGAGCUUGAUGGUAUGCCGAGCACUAGCGAUGAUGCAUGUACAACUGUCUGUUCUGGAGACGCUUCGCAGGCGUGCGGAGGCGACGGCAGCGUAUACUCUGUGUACACGGCUGUGGCAGCUAGUCAACAAAGGAGAAGGUCUGAAGUUGAGCAGCCUGCUGCACGGGGCGAAACUAAUAAAGGGGAGAAGAUGAUCUUCCAUGGUCGUCGAGUGAAUAGACGCACAACCGCUAGCUGGGCGGCAGGAUUGCUUUAGAACAGACCUUUUAGUUUGUUGUCUCUAUCCAUUUUCCUCCUUAUUUGAUUUUUGUGACCGUUACAAAGGAUGUACAUAGCCUUUAUAUUUUUUACGUACACUUUUGUUUAGUAUCUAUAGUCUUUAUAUGAUUUCAAUGACAUUCAUGAGCUUUUGUAGCAGUAGUGAAUGAAGGUUCAU